UUGUGAAUAAGAAGUAUUUAUCAACAGGUGGUGGAGAGACACAAGGCUGAGUGAGAAACUUCCUUUUGCUAGGGAGCGGACCUUGGAGUGUUUCAUGGUUUCUUCUGGGGUAGCUUAUGAGCCUCAAUAUGGCAGGUCAAGGAGGGACAUGGCCAAAACUAACAUUCUUUUAACAGUAAUAGAUGAUGUUUAUGAUGUGUAUGGAUCAAUAGAGGAACUAGAGCUCUUCACUGAAGCAGUUGAAAGAUGGGACCUCAAAGCCAUGGAGUCACUACCUGAGUACAUGAAAAUCUGUUACAUGGCCUUGUACAAUACUGUGAAUCAAAUGGCCUAUGAUAGUCUAAAGGAACAGAGCUGUUGCAUCAUCGGAUCCCUCAGCAAAGCGUGGGCUGGCCUAUGCAAGGCAUGCUUGAAAGAAGCAAAGUGGUUUCACAGUGGGUACAAACCAACUCUAGAUGAGUACUUGAGCAAUGCCUAUACUUCAGUUGCGGGGCCACUUUUUUUGAUUGCUGGUUAUUUUCUCUCUGGAGAGAGAAUUACACAAGAAGUUGUUGAUUUUUUAGAACAAGGUCCAAAGAUUGUCUGGUUCUGUUCUAUCAUUCUACGACUUACCAAUGAUAUGGGAACAAGUACGGAUGAACAAGAAAGAGGAGAUGUACUUAAAUCAAUACAAUGCUACAUGCAAGAGACUGGUGCAUCAGAGGAACAAGCGCGGGAGCACAUUAAGGAUUUAAUCAAUGAUAUAUGGAAGCAUCUUCAUCAAGAAUGCAGUACUCCAUCUCCACUUCCAAAGACCUUCAUGAAGGAUGCUUUAAAUAUUGCAAGAUCCUUUGAGUUCAUGUAUCAAUAUGGUGAUGGCUUCGGUGUUACUAGCAGUACAACACUUGAUCACUUCAACUCCUUGCUCUUCCAACCCAUUUGUGUUGAUGUUUAGGGUUUAUUUUCCUUUCUUGGAUCUAAAGUAAUGAUACAAAGAAAGUGGAAUGUAUGGGUAGUUAAGAUAGUGAGAUGUUAUUUCUAUCUCUAUGUAAAAGUAGAAUAUAUGGGUAGUUAAGAUAGUGUGGGAAGUUCUCUCUCUUCCCGUAGGUAAUGGGUAGUUAUCCAACACGUAAGUAGUAGGUAGUUUUAUUGUAAACGCUUAUAUAUAUGGGCUCCAUGUAUUGAAGUGAUGUGUGCAUGUGGUUGUAGAUAUAAGCAACUUAUAGAAGCAACCAACAUGUAAUUUUACGUAAUGUGUUUGUGUUUAUCUCUCUAAAAAAGAAAGUGAGUGCGUGCUUUCAAUUA